CCGAUCAAAGACAUCUGUUGUAGAAUCUUUGAUGUAGAAUGUGAAAAGGCCGACAAUGAACCCCCCCGGCCAGCGCUAAACUCCCGAGCAUGGUAAACUAAAUUGGAUAUUUCAGGCGAUAAAAGCCCCGAAUUUUCGAACGAAACGGCCGACAAUUAGGGGUCUUACGAAAUGCACACUUCCUGGACAAGGGAGCUUUUCCUCGCCACUGUUGCUCCUGGGUGUCCCUUGGUGCUCCCCAACCCCAGCUCUUCCCCCUCCCCCCUGGCUCCCGCAGAGCUCUGUGUCCAAGCAAAUGAAUACAGCAACCUGGGCUCUCAUAACACCUUCAGUGCCACAGACUGAUCGACUUCCAUCAGAUAUUCGUGCCCAAGGGUCUAUGAUUUGUUAAUCCGGCCCUGCAUAAGAGGCAUGGGCAUAAUUUCAUAUGACUACGCUUUUGGAUAGUCCUUCAACCAAUCAGACCAACGAUAUGGGUGCACCUUUUGGAUAAGCUAGUUUGUGACUGGACCCAGAUGAUGUGGACAGGAAGCAAGAUAGAUGUGCAGAUGUUUUCAGCCUGAGCUGCUGGGCGAAAUCCAAAUCUCCGGCAGAUCAGACAGGGUUUGCCCAGCCUAUCUAGCAAGGACCUUGACAUCUGUUGUCACCCGGCACCCACUGGAAACAGAGGAGAGACCUUGAGAUUCUGCACAACAGAAAAGCAGCUGUCUUCCCUCUGGUCAGGAACACAGAGCUCCCGCUCUGGGGAACCCGAAGAAGCCUUCGGCUGAUAUAAAGCCAGUCUUUCUCUCGGGGUCCAUCCAGACAACAGGAACUUACGAAAGCAGGUCAAAACACCUUUGACAUGUGGCUGUCCCUGCUCCUGCUUCUGCCACUGGGUCUUGCCCCCAUUAGCACCACUCCCCUGGAAGAAAGCGAAGACGGCACCUUAAAGCCUCCCAGACAGGAAGUGGGUCAGAAGCCCAGGUCGGAGCACCCCGUGCCAGAUCAGUCGUCUGCUAUGCCUGCUGCUCUCGGCGAGCAUGUGGGGCUUUUGGGAGCUGGGAUGUUGAGAACAGAUGCUGAUGAUGCCCGUGGUCAGGGAGGAAGUAGAGGAAGUCAGGUGGAUGUCCUGAAAUCAAGCCUCAGCCAAGAUGAUGCUCAAAAGGGACAGGACUUGUUCACGCAGCCUCCAGUGAUCAACAGAAGGCCCGUCCCCUCCCUGCACAGUGGGGAAUCUGGGAAAGCUCCAUGUUUUGCUGCCAUUGCUGGAGGUUUAGGUAAUGGACUGAAAGAAGCCCUGUCUGCCCUGCAAGAUGUCUGGAGCAGGGAGAGUGAGUUGGGUAGAGACACCUUGACUCGGUUUGGGAUUUGCACUGGGAGUGAUGGCUCAGCUGAGGCAGGGCUCUCGUCUCUGGCCACACUGCUUGCAGACAGAGAUGGUGACAGUGUGGGCCCUUGGGCAACACAUCUGGAUAAAGAACUCUGGGUUCCUGGAGAGGAAACAGGAAGCGUUUCUUUGACCUUUGAAGUUCCUCCGGCCUUUGAAGAGAGGACACACCUCAGCACAGUGGCUCCCACGAUGCUGUUGUUCUUUGUUGCCUCCAAAAGAACAGAGAUCCUUGAAGUUACUUUCAGGAGCGAUAUGCUCUUUCCCAACAAACAGACUGCAUGCCUUUCGGUGGAAACUCAAUUCAUCGUGCUGACCAGAAGAGUCCCUGAAACAGUGAGUCCUAGACUGCAGACCAUACGAAUCACUGUUGAGUUGAAGCAGCCAAACAGCGGGCCAAAUCUGUCUUUGUCUGAAGUCCAAAACGUGCUAAUGAGACGUGGUAAAGAAGAAGAUGCCCUGAAGAGACCUCUGCUGGUCUUUCUUCCAAACAAGUCACCACAUGAGGAUAAGCCUGGGGGCAUUACCUCCAUUGAUCACAGAGCCCCAUCUCCAGUGCCGCCACCUUCCAGAACAUACCAGUUCUUGUGUGAGCUCCAGAGGUUCCUCAGUGACGUUCUCCCCAAGAAGCAGGCGCUGUCCUCACCUGACGGACGUGCCGUGACUCUCCCGCUGGCCUUGCUGAGCUCUAUGCCACCCCUGACCCUGGGCGAGUCCUCCAGUGAGGGCCUCCUGCUGGGGUUACUGAACUCCUCAAUGCCUACCCUCUUCUCCUUCCCCCAGUGGAGCUCCGGUCUGCUCGGCCACCGCGUGGGGCUCUCUCUCCAGGCACCGCUGCUGUCCAUGCUUCGGGAGGGGCUGGAUGACGCGUGGGCCCAGUUUCGGCGCGAUGAGCUGGGAGCUGGGCAUUUGACUGACAGACUACAGAGGCUAAGUGAUCUUAGCGCCUUGGCAGCUGAAGGGGUGGAUCAAUCAGGUGAUGGGGAGUCCGGUGAGGUCCAGUACUGUGCCCUGCUGUUGCUCAAGGCCUUGCAGACUGUCCUGCGGGCCUGGGAGGCUGAGCGAUCACAGAGGUCAACUCGCGGAGGGGGUGAGGAGAAUCCAGGGAAGCACAACCCCUGUCGCCUGCAGAGCUUGACCAUCUCCCUCGAGGCCUUCCUUCUGGAGCCUUCUGUGGCCACCAUCAACAACUGUCAGGGCGAGUGUGGCUUCCCUUUGCCCAAGGGCAACAAUCAUGCCAUCCUGAUUAGCAGCAUGGUGCAAAAGGGGGGUUGGACUGGCCGCACCCCCUGCUGCGUGCCCAUAGAGUAUGGAGACCUGCUGGUCAUAGAGCUGGACAAGGAUGGCACCACCGUCUCUGCCAAGACAAAUAUGGUGGCCAAGGAAUGUGGCUGCCGCUGAACUCAUUCAAACUGAUGUUUGUGUUUCCGACCACAGACCACUAACAUGACAGUGCACAAAUAUACAGACUUGUGCAUGCUUUUUUUUCUUCUCACUACCAUUCUCACUACCAUCAUGUAAUUAUAUUAUUACGCUGUAGAUACAUCACAACUGUAUUUAUUUCCCUAUCUACAUAUUACCACAACUGUGCUUUAACUGACACAUUCCUUAAUUCCUUAUAUAUUUUUUGAUGUACGUAGGGAUACACAGAUCAGAUGCCUUUUCAGAAGAAAUCAUUAAAACCACUUCAGUUAUGUAAAGGUGAAAGGCUGUCUGGGUGAUCUGUAAGUUUGCAUACAAAUUGAUGAGUCAUGAUCAUGACUGCACAGUGCAUACAAGUAUUGAUUGACUUAGCUCAAGCAACCUCUGAAUAAAAUGCUUUAGGGAGCAGUAACAUGACAUUUACAUAGAUGGACAAA